GCGGGGCGCGAGAGCGUGAGAGCCGGCAGUGUCGCGCGCGCGGAACCGUCGCCGGGUUUCUGCUCCGCAACUCUCCCGGAGCUCUUCGUGUUCCCGCCGGAGUCCGGAGCAGACUGAUUUUCAAAAAUGCCAAGUAGGAAAUUUGCCGAUGGUGAGGUGGUAAGAGGUCGAUGGCCCGGGAGUUCACUUUAUUAUGAAGUAGAAGUUCUGAGCCAUGACAGCAACUCCCAGCUUUACAGCGUAAAAUACAAAGAUGGAACUGAACUUGAAUUGAAAGAGAGUGAUAUCAAGCCUUUAACCUCCUUCAGGCAAAGGAAAAGCGGCUCAACUUCCAGUUCUCCCUCCAGACGCAGAGGGAGCCGCUCCAGGUCGCGCUCCCGAUCCCCUGGCCGGCCCCCAAAAGGUUCCCGCCCAUCCAUCUCAGCUUCGCACCAGGCUGACAUUAAGGAGGCAAAGAAGGAAGCAAGGAAGGAAAUGUUGGAAGUUAAACUGACUCCGCUGGUAUUGAAGCCAUUUGGAAAUAGCAUCAACAGAUAUAACGGGGAGCCUGAGCACAUAGAGAGGAAUGACGUACCUCACAAAAACGCGCAGGUACAAAGGGGUUCAUUCUCCUCUCAGGAAAAAUUCCCUUUGUCACAAGAGAGUUGUUAUAUACCUACACAGUAUAGCCUUCAUCCAAGAAGAGAAGAGGUCAAAUUAAAAGAAAUAGAUUCAAAGGAAGAAAAAAUUGUUACAAAAGGACCUACGUCGUUGAGAACCUUUGAAGUGACAGCCACACAGCAGAAGGACUUAGAAUUUGGAGGAGUACCUGGUGUUUUUCUCAUCACGCUUGGCCUGCCUGCUUUCCUCUUCCUGUUGCUGUUGAUGUGUAAACAGAAAGAGCCCAGUCUUCUGAAUUUCCCGCCUCCUCUGCCAGCUUUGUACGAUUUAUGGGAAACCAGGAUAUUUGGGGCCUACCUCCUCUGGUUUUUCCUUCAGGCUCUGCUCUACUUACUGCCGAUUGGGAAGGUUGUAGAAGGAACACCUCUUACUGAUGGAAGAAGACUCAAGUACAGAUUAAAUGGAUUCUACGCUUUUAUCCUGACAUCUGCACUCGUCGGAGCAUCUUUCUUCUGGGAUGUAGAGCUUUAUUAUGUGUACAGUCAUUUCCUUCAGUGUGCAUUUGCAGCCACUGUUUUUUCUGUGGUCUUGAGUGUUUAUCUCUACGCCAGGGCUUUGAAAGCACCCUGGGAUGAACUGUCGCCGGCCAGCUCUGGAAAUGCUGUCUAUGACUUCUUCAUUGGCCGUGAGCUAAAUCCUCGGAUUGGUACUUUUGAUCUCAAAUACUUCUGUGAAUUGCGCCCCGGAUUGAUUGGAUGGGUGGUCAUUAACCUGGUGAUGCUUUUGGCUGAGAUGAAGCUACAGAAUCGCACUGUUCCAUCGCUAGCAAUGAUUUUGGUCAACAGUUUCCAGCUCUUGUAUGUGGUGGAUGCUCUCUGGAAUGAGGAAGCACUGUUGACAACCAUGGACAUUAUCCAUGAUGGAUUUGGAUUCAUGCUGGCUUUUGGAGAUUUAGUGUGGGUUCCAUUUAUCUACAGCUUCCAAGCCUUUUAUUUAGUCAGUCAUCCAAAUGAACUGUCUUGGCCGAUGGCUUCUCUAAUCAUUGCUCUGAAACUGUGUGGAUUUGUAAUCUUCCGAUGUGCAAAUUCUCAGAAAAAUGCAUUCCGGAAAAAUCCCACUGAUCCAAAGCUUGCGCAUUUAAAAACCAUUCAUACUUCAACAGGAAAAAAUCUUCUCGUUUCUGGAUGGUGGGGUUUUGUUCGCCAUCCCAAUUACUUGGGUGAUCUCAUCAUGGCCCUGGCGUGGUCCCUCCCAUGUGGUUUCAAUCACAUUCUGCCUUAUUUCUACGUGAUUUAUUUCACCAUUUUGCUGGUGCACCGGGAGGCUCGCGAUGAACACCACUGUAGGAAGAAGUACGGCCUGGCGUGGGAGAAGUACUGCCAGCGUGUCCCGUACCGCAUAUUCCCAUACAUAUACUGAUUCUGGCCUAGGCGCUGUCUAAAUGCUCCUGCAGUUUUGGCUUCCAUUUGCAAAAAAAGAAAAAAAACCCAAAAUGAACCUUUCGUUGCACCGACAGGAUCUUUAAGUUUCUCUUUCUUUUUGAGGCAGGACUAUAGAGCCAAGUAGUAAGUCUUUUAAUUUAACCAUGUUUAUUUUUAUUAAAUCAUAACAAUUAACAUAAGGAAAAUAUAAAUAAAGACGUUAGAAUUUGCAUUCUAAUAGGAAAUUUUCAAUCCUUAAAAAUCUGAAAACAGAAAAUAGUCUUACAAAUGCACUGAAUACUGUUGAUGUUUAGGGUUUUUGAUUACCUUUCAAAGUUUGAUUCUUUUGUCCAGUUGGUUUUUCUUAAAUGAAAACACUGUUACAUUUUAAAGUACAUUUAUGUUUUAUUGCGUUAAGAGAAUAGAAUUUUCAUUUGUUUCCCUUUAAAUCAUUUACUAGCUAUGUGAUUUGAAAGUAAAAACUGGUCCUCUCUGUUCAAUGCUGUACGGGAAGGGGGAUGAUUGAUAGUGGACACUGUUUAAUGAAGACCAUUAGUAGUGGUUUGCUUAACCUCAACUUGUAAAACUGCAUUUGAAACUGUAAAUACAUAGCUUUUAUGUAAUAUAUGGCGACUUCAGAUUUUUCUGUAUAGUAUUUUGAAUGUGAAAUAAUUUUCGGGACUAAGUAUCUUUUUAACAAACAUUUGCAGUAUUUUAAAUUAAAUUUUGUAAAGUACUACAUGCGAAUUAAACAUUUUGAAAGAAGUGGAAUUCAUUUAAUAUUUUAUGAAAGAUGCUAUUAAGAGUAGGAAGGGUAUUUUUCCUAAUCCAAAGUUUGUGAAUUUGGCUUUGCUACCUCAAUUGCAGGUGUUUGUUUGCCUUUAUAAACUGUUGCAAAUAGAAAAAUAGAAUAAAUAUAUAUUUUUGGAAUAACAUCACUAUUUAAACAUUUUUACACAGAGUGAUGUUUGAAAAUUUGCCAUUUCUGAAAGGC